UCUUCUCAGAGGGCAUCUCUUCCUCUUGGUCUGUGUGUACUCCACAACAGCACACAUUCUCUUUUAACGAGAGAAAGAUAUUUACAAAGAAUAGCCAUGGCGAGCUACACAAUGACGGCACACACAGGAACCCGCCCCUUUUCUGGCACCACGAGCUACGUUUACGUCCAACUGCGUGGUGCUGACACUGAGAGCCAGGAGGAGAAUCUACACAAGCGCUUUUUGUCGUUUGGCUUUACCAAAGGAUCAGAGCGAACAAUUGCGUUGGAGAGUGAAUCGUCCCUGGGCGAACUCAUCUAUUUAAAGCUCCGCACCCAGGCAUUUUUGGGCCUUGACAACCAAUGGUUUUGUGAUAAGAUCACUGUGAAGACGCCUAAGGGGGAUGCCAUUUUGUUUCCUUGUUACCGUUGGCUUGGCAGCGAUGAGACUGUUGUGUUAAGACCUGCCAAAGCUUUGCUUGUGUUCCAGGACACCAACCCAGUUGCCCAAAAGACAAGGAAGAGUCAGCUAGAAGGACGGCAGAAGUUAAUUAGGUGGAGUGUGUAUGCUGAAAGCCUGCCCCGGAUUAUCAACUACGAAUCUUGCCUUCUUUUGCCAGAGGAACUUCAAUUCUCUUUCUCGAAGGAAACAGAGUUCUCUUAUACGGCAGGAAAGCAGUUAAUUUAUCUGAAGUUCAAUGGAUUAGCUGACAACAGAGAAUCCUGGGAAAGCAUCGACCAGCUGCAUAUGAUCCUUUGUGACAUCACAAACAAAACCAUUGAAUACGUUGAGGACCACUGGGACGAGGACGAGUUCUUUGGCUACCAGUUCCUGAAUGGCCUAAACCCCAUGCUGAUCCAGCGCUGCUCAAAGCUACCCGAGAAUUUCCUCGUCACAGAGGAGAUGGUCAAAGGCCUUCUAGGAGAAACCACCUUGGAGGCAGAGAUAGCGAAAGGGAACAUCUUCCUGUGUGACUACAAGAUGUUGGAUGGGCUUGUGGGAAAUGUAGUUGCUGGCAGGCAGCAGUACCUCACCGCUCCCCUGGUCCUGCUCUACUGCAACCCUCAGGGACAGAUGCUGCCCAUCGCCAUACAGUUAGGUCAAAUGGCUGGACCCCAUCAAACCCCCAUCUUCCUGCCCACCGACCCCAAGCAUGACUGGCUGCUGGCUAAGAUCUUUGUGCGGGCAGCAGAGUUCAGCAUGCAAGAGCUCGACUCUCACCUGCUGAGAACUCACCUGCUGUCUGAGGUGUUUGCCAUGGCAACAUUGCGGAACCUCCCAUCCCCGCACCCUCUUUUCAAGCUCCUCGUUCCCCACACCCGCUACACACUCCACAUCAACAUCCUGGCAAGAAGUCGCUUGAUUUCCGACGAUGGAUCCAUUACCUUGAAUGCCGGCAUUGGUGGAGAGUCAUUGUCCGAGUUGCUGAAGCGUGGAACCUCCUCCCUGACCUACAGCUCCCUCUGUCUGCCUGAGAACAUCUCUGAGAGAGGCCUGGAGGACGUCCCCAACUACUACUACAGAGAUGACGGCAUACAACUGUGGAACAUCAUCUACAAGUAUGUAACAGGAGUCUUGCAACAUUACUACACAUCUGAUGAGCAUGUGCAGAAGGACACAGAACUGCAGAGCUGGAUCAGAGAGAUUUUCACCAAUGGAUUCCUGGAAAGGAGCAACACAGGCAUACCUGAGUCUUUUCAGACAGUGAGCGAUCUCAUCAAGUUUGUUACCAUGGUGAUCUUCACUGCAUCCGCUCAACAUGCUGCUGUCAACAAUGGACAGUUUGACUUUGGAGGCUGGAUGCCCAACUACCCCACUGCCCUCAGAAAGCCCCCUCCCAAGGAGAAAGGCCAGACCACAAUGGACACUAUUCUGGAGACUUUACCUGAUAUAGGUACGACAGUGAAUGCCAUGGCUGUCCUCAGCCUGCUGAGCAAAACAUUUUCAGAUCAGCACAUAUUGGGAAGUUUCCCAGAAGAUCUGUUUGAUGAAGAGGUCCCUUGCAAGAUCAUUGCAGAUUUUCAGAAGGAUCUGAGAGAGCUGUCUGAUCUUAUUGAGGAGCGGAACAAGAAGCUGGAGUUUCCCUACAUCUAUCUGAGCCCCCAAAAUGUGGAAAAUAGUGUGGCCAUUUAAAAAGAUUUAUUUUUUAUUACUGUAACAGCCUUGUCAAUACAUAGUAAGUGAAUAUCAAAUCAUAAGUAAAUAUAACUGAAGACCAAAGUAAAUAUAACUGAAAAUGAGAUCAUGGAUAAAGCUGUUCAAUGGCUUUCAAAAUGAGAAGCUUGUAUGCAUAAUAUGCCUUAUCGUACAAUGUGGUUUCACAUGAGUAUUAUGAAGAAUUUGGGAAGAUGUCCUAUAGUGACUAUGAUUUGUCUUUGUGUUGCUUGUGUUGAUACAAGUCACUGUGUAAGGAUUGGGUAAAGUGAUGCAAGUGGUGUGUGUGUAAGCGCAGGAAUGCACACCGUUGAAGUUGGUCAAGUAAAGGUGUGUGUGUGUUAA